AUUAAUAAUAAUAACUUUCAACGUUUACUCUGAAACUUUAUAUUGCUCCUGGUAGUUUUUAUAUGCAUUAAUAAUACGUUUGAUAUUGCUAUCAUACCAUUUUUGCGUAGUACUAAUUCUUCUAAAACCAUGAAAAUUGAUAAAUCAUCUGAUAUUGACGAAGGGAGCAAUGAAAACAAGAAGAUAGAAGAAAAGGUAUUUGAAAUAAGUUCAUCACAAGUAUGCGCGCCGUUUUCGAAACCAAUACUAGCUGGAUCAAAACUUGCUGCUGUAACAAAUAAUUUCUUACCAAAUCCAGGAUCAGUAUUAAAACCUUCUUUUAUGGCCAGUGGCAGUGGUAAUAAUUUGUUAAAUAAAUCAGCUUUUGCUUUAAAUCCGAGUAAAUUGAAUCCAUUUGCUAAAGUGCCGACUGAAGAUGAUACAUGUAAUAAGAGUUCUGGAAGAAAUGAAGAAGGAGAAAAUGAUAAAGUAAUUAAUGGCAGUGCUGCUAAAUUUAUUCCAUUACAAAGAAAUAAAAAUAAACAGUUACAAGUUUCAGAAUGUGAAAAUGAUACUUCGGUUGUUAGUUCUACAACUUCAAAUUCUCAAACAGGAUUAACAGGAACAAACAAUUUUGUUUUUGGCCAAAAUAUCAAAGAUAGAGUUGUUACUGAUGACAAGGAUAUUGAACCAGAGCCUUCAUCUAGUGAAAGCAGUACCAGUAAUGGUAUUUCCGAUAUGUUGUUCACAUAUGCACUAAAAGGAAAUUUAACAACACAUGAAAAUAAAGGAAACAAUCCAGAUAGGAAACAAACUAAAUCUCUUAGCGAAUCUGCUCGUGAAUAUGAAGAAGCAAGGGCUAUAAAACGUAAAUAUGAAGAAGUAGAAGUAAAAACUGGUGAAGAAGGUGAAACAAACGUUGUACAAAUAAGUUGCAAACUUUUUGCAUAUGAUAAAAGCACAGGCGGUAGUUGGCAAGAGCGAGGCCGUGGAACUUUAAGACUAAACGAUCAGGAAAGUGGGAAAGAAAUAAAAAGUCGUCUGGUAUUCAGAACAAGUGGAAGCCUCCGGGUUGUACUUAAUACAAAGAUAUGGUCAGAUAUGAAUAUACAGCAAGCUAGUGAGAAAAGUAUACGUUUAACUGCAUUUGACAACGGAAAUAUUCGUGUUUUUCUUGUUAUGGGCAAUCAGGAAGAUAUAAGACAGCUUUAUAGACACUUAGAAUUAAGAAUAAAAAGGGAAAACGACAACCAACAUAACGACGAACAAAAGACGUCAUCUCAAGAAUGCUCCAGUUUAGAGUCAAAUCCCAAAAAGAUUGCAGUUGAUUCCGGAGGUUCACGUCUGUUUCAGUGGAUGUUCUGGAUUUUUGCUCUAAAAAAUAAAUUGUCUUUGUUAAAACUGGUAUACGAAAAUGCAAGAAAGACGACAAUCGUGUAACCUCAUGUUAAAAAUAAUUUGGUCUAUAAAAACGUACCUUGAGUAUAAAGACGAAAAAAUUGUGUUGGCAACUAGAAAAGUUAGGUCAU